AUGCCUAAGCAGGCCUCUGCCCGUAAGACUAAGCCCCGCGUUGAGCGGAGGAAGAAGGACCCCAACGCGCCCAAGCGUGGUCUAUCCGCGUACAUGUUCUUCGCCAACGACAACCGUGAAAAGGUUCGCGAAGAGAACCCUGGCAUUACCUUCGGCCAAGUUGGGAAGAUGCUUGGGGAGAAGUGGAAGGCCCUGAGUGACUCGGAACGCCGCCCAUAUGAGGAGAAGGCCGCUGCAGACAAGAAGCGAUAUGAAGACGAGAAGGCCAGCUACCAGGCAGCCGGCGACGACGAAGAGGAGUCCUCUUAA